GGCCGGGUUGCGCCCCCCUUCGAGAUUCGAACCGCGGGUAUAGCAGGAGAAGCUGGUUGAGGACGCGCUCAGCCAUCAACAUCGAUGGGCGCGAUAGCUCGUAUCCCUUGUCCAAACAUUUCCGUGCCUCACAACGGUUUUGCGCUUUUAUUACCGACACAGCCUGCCCCUUCCUUCAUCCUCCCUCAGCACAUUGCAAACCUGCACAACAUCUCUCCAUCUUCCCCCCGAAUUGCAACAAUGUAUCUUCGUGUGGUUCCUGGUGCUUUCUCGCUCCUUACCCGCCGCUCUGCGACGACCGGAGUCAAUGCCAUUCGCUCCUACUCUACCGCUAAGAGCCAGACUCUUAAGGAGCGUCUGAGUGAGCUCAUCCCCCAAAAGCAGGCCGAGGUCAAGGAGUUCCGAUCCAAGCAUGGCAGCAAGGUUCUCGGAGAGACCACCGUUGACAUGAUGUACGGAGGCAUGCGCGGUAUUAAGGGUCUCGUCUGGGAAGGUUCCGUCUUGGACGCUGACGAGGGUAUCCGUUUCCGUGGCUACACCAUUCCCGAGUGCCAGAAGCUUCUCCCCGCUGCCGAGGGAGGUGAGGAGCCUCUCCCUGAGGCCCUCUUCUGGUUGUUGGUGACCGGAGAAGUCCCCACCGCUGAGCAGGUCAAGCAGCUCUCCGCCGACUGGGCUGCCCGCUCUGCGAUUCCAUCAUACGUUGAGGACCUCCUCGACCGUUGCCCCAACACCCUCCACCCCAUGUCCCAGUUCGCUCUCGCCGUCACUGCCCUUCAACACGAGUCUAGCUUCGCCAAGGCUUACCAGAGCGGAGUUCCCAAGACCCAAUACUGGGACUAUACUUUCGAGGAUGCUAACGACUUGAUCGCCAAGCUUCCCAACGUCGCUGCCCGUAUCUACCGUAACGUCUUCAAGGAUGGCAAGGUCCCCGAAAUCGACCGCAACCUCGACUGGGGAGCCAACUUCGCUCACCUUCUCGGCUACAAGGACCCCAAGUUCGUUGAACUGAUGCGUCUGUACCUCACCAUCCACUCCGACCACGAGGGAGGAAACGUCUCCGCCCACGCUACCCACUUGGUCGGAUCUGCCCUCUCUGACCCAUACCUGUCUUUCGCUGCCGGUAUGGCCGGUUUGGCCGGUCCCCUGCACGGUCUUGCCAACCAGGAAGUCCUCCGAUGGACCCUGAAGAUGCGCGACCAGGUUGGCCAGGGCGCAACUGACGAGCAGAUCAAAGAAUUCCUCUGGAAGACGUUGAAGAGCGGUCAGGUCGUCCCCGGUUACGGACACGCUGUGCUCAGGAAGACCGACCCCCGUUACACUUGCCAACGGGAGUUUGCUCUCAAGCACCUGCCCGAUGACCCUCUCUUCAAGCUUGUUGGUCAGGUUUACAACAUUGCCCCCGGAGUUCUCACCGAGCACGGCAAGACCAAGAACCCAUGGCCCAACGUUGACGCCCACUCUGGCGUUCUUCUGCAGCACUUCGGCUUCGUCGAGCAGGACUUCUACACGGUUCUGUUCGGUGUCUCCCGUGCUCUUGGUGUGAUGAACGGUCUCAUCUGGGACCGUGCCCUCGGACUCCCCAUCGAGAGGCCAAAGUCCUUCAGCACCGCGCACCUCCAGAAGAUGUUCGCCAACAAGUAAGCUAUCGAGCUCUCUUGAGUAGGACCUUCUGUUUAUUCCCCCCAUCCGACCCGUUUGUGGCAUCAGCAUACCAUACACUGCUCCUAGAGUAAAACUCAUUUUGUGCCAUCCCUCAUCUUCUUUAUCGAGUAUAUAAUAUUCCCGUUGACCUGACUCAUGCAUGCUGUGAUACAACCUGUGAACUUAUGACCCGCAUCAAGAGCUUGGCGCCGGGAAGGUGCUCUACGUUGCGACUAGCACAUCCCCCGUGAGGCUUUCUCCAGGUCGGUCGAUUGCUGUUCGUCUGCUGACUUCUGACCGCAGGGAGGCCCUCCUUGCACAUGAGUUUCCGGGAUGCUUUUUUUGAUUACAU